CAAGGCUCCAAGCCAAAACCUACUAGUUACUUUACUAUGUUUUUUCUUACAUUCAUAGUUUGCCUGUGCCUAAAUGGCCACCUUCCUUCAAACACUAACGCGGAGAAAUACUGAAUACCGUUUUUUUUUUCAACUUGUUUUGCAAUUCUUGAGUCAGUUUAAAUGGACAACAUAUGGUUGGAUGCCAGCUAUCGUUUCCUGCGUGAAACGCGAACCUCGUGGAGAAACUCGACCGGUUCUGUGCUGACUUUCUCUCCGCGUGCGGCGCUGCUGUUGGAGGUGCUCAUGGUGCUCAUGUGUGUCGGAGCAGUAACAGGAAAUAUCCUGGUCAUCAUGAUCGUGGUGGCAACAAAGACGUUCCACUGUGUGACGUCUGUGCUCAUUAUAAAUUUGGCAAUCAGUGACUUCCUGGUUGGCAUUGGUGUCAUGCCAUUUGUAGCUGUGUCUAUCAUGAAUAAUGGAUGGGUGAACUGCACUGUUAGUAAGGCCAUCUACGCAUACAUCUAUAUCAUAAAUGAUUUAUGUCUUUACGUGGGUUACACCUCCUCAGUCUACUGCAGUGCUUCAGUCCUAACACUUGCAGCUAUUGCUUUGGAUCGCUAUUACUCCAUUGUGGACUGUCUGCGCUAUAAUUCACGCUGUACUGCAUGGCGAACUGGAGCAGCUGUACUAUGGAUCUGGCUUCAGGCCAUGCUCACCAGUUGUCCACCUCUCCUAGGGUGGAGCAACAUCAGCUUUGUGAACCCUAUGUACAGCUGUGCUGUCAACUGGGCUAGCAGUCCCAGCUAUACAGUUUUCAUGGCAGCCCUGUGCUUUCUCCUUCCUGCCAUAGUCAUUCUCUUUUGCUAUGUGAAGAUUGUACGAGUAGCACAUCACCAUGCUCAAAGGAUCCACAGCCUUCACCAGCACUUUCAACACAGCAGGGGCCACAACAUAUCGUCAUCAUUUGAAUUAUCCCACCAGUGUUCAACUGUGGACCUGGAACUGCAUGAACCCUCCAGGCUCGUGUACUAUGUAAGUGGAAGGUUUGUAUCAGAAUCUCAGUUCAAUGAUCCUCAUCCCAAAGCAGAUCUUACUGGCGAACCAACUUUAGAACAUGAAGAGAAAAUCAGCUCUAGACAUUCUGGUCGACGUCUGCACACUUUCCUUGCUCACCUCCAGAGUGGUAGCACACUGCAGAACAGUCAUUCCCAGCAACAUGGUGUUGUGAGGCUUUUCAUGGUUAUUGCUGCUUUCUUUCUUUGCUGGACACCAUACAUCGGAGUCACAUUGAUACAGGCCACUGAGACUGCCCUCUCCCGAUCAGUGAGCCAGGUGCCACCUGCUGCUGUCACUUUCUCAUACUGGCUUGUGCUGUUCAACUCAGACAUCAACCCAUUACUGUAUGCUCUACUCAGCAAGAGAUUCCAGGGUGCACUGCAGAACCUAAAGAAGAAGAUCCAGAACAGGUUGGGUAUGGUUCAAAGGGCAGAAGAUGGAAGAACAGAUGGAGAAAGGGGAAGGUUCACUACUCCCAAUAAUGUAAUAGCCAGUGUCACCAAUCAGAAUUGCCAAGCUAGUGGACCACAUCGCAAUGAGUCUGUAUACUCCUCUGUUUUCACAAUGAAUACAACUUUUCCCAAAGUCUAUAAGCAAGAAGCAAAUGAAGUCCUUUUGCCAGGAAGUAUGUUAUCAUCAUCUUCUUUUCCUACUCCUUCCUCUUCCCUUUGUCACAAGUGCAGCAGAAAUAACCCAGAAAAGUCGGAUUGCCUGCAGGUUCCCUCAAAGCCACAAGGGUGGGACAAACUACACAGUACCUCUGCAAUCAAGGAGAGACAUGCAACUUUUUUUUAUGGCCAGAUAGCAGUGCAAGUGGAACAGGAAAUUAGCUGAGCCUGCUGAGGUUUGACAGCAAAAAAAAUCUGAACUUGCAUGAUACAGUAAUUGAAAUAUUAUAAUUUAGAAAUUACUACUGAAUGAAUUGUAUUAGCGCUUCUGGUUGCAUUAAAUGAUAUGAUGAUUGACUGUAAAUUAUGGUUAUUUAUGCCCGAAUUUAAAAUCUGACGAUCCGAAGCUUUAAUAAAUGUUCUUGUAAGCAAAUGUUCUUGGAAGCAGUACAAGUUAAUUUUGUUUUACACUUAGGUCAGAAGUUAAAACUGUCUACCAAGAUUAUUUCUGUAAUCUAAACAGUCAUGCUUAUAAAAUCAGUAUAUUUUAUAGUGUGGUUAAGUUAUAAAAGAAAAGCAGAGAUAUGUACAAAAGUAAUAGAUCAUAAAUGGGUAAUAAGACUAGCAAAGACGUGAAUGUAUAAUGAUAUGGGCUGUUAACAUUAAUGAGGAGCUGUACGCAGUGUAGUGUGAUCUCAUUUAAUAUGUAAAGCUGAUUACUGAGUCAUUUUACCCCUUUGUACUUUUUUUAGUACCGCGUAUAAAUAAUAUGCAUGCGCUUCAUACAAAGGCAAACAUUUUCUGGAUUAUAUUUAAGUUAUAGUUGAUUUUGAUGUGUACUUUAGGUCAUUGCCUUGCUGGAACGCUUUUUGACAGAGGACAGAAAGUGUUGUGCCAAAAUAUCUAUUAGUAGCUAUUCAUUUUCCUGCCUAUCAUGACAAGUACCUUUGGCCCAGCUGAAAAGAAGCAGCCCUAAAGCAUAAUGCUACCCCUACCAUACUUCUCUGUCGGUAUGUAUGCACCGUCUUGCAGUUUGUUUGGCAAAUCUUUGUGGAGCAUGGCUCUCAGUAAUCAGAAUCACUGUAAUGGAUGGCAGGUGUAUGCCAUUUACAUCAAGUCUAAUUUUGAAUGUGACUGGUUAACUUUGAGGACGGUUAAAGCUCACAUUAUGAAAGGGUGUGCAGACUUAUUAAAUCAGAUUGUACGUGUGUUGAUCUAAAGUGUUUCCGAUUAUAAAUGACUUCUAUUUUUGCCUGGAUUUUUGUUCGUUGAAAUAUCACGUUAACGACGUUCAGUAACAAGUUUGACGUUUACGUAUGUUGUUAUUUCUGUCUUAAUAUUUUAAAAAAACCUGCAAUUUUGUAUGGGUGUGUAGACUUUUUGUAUUUACUGUAUUUCAAAACAGAAUCUUCCAUCAAAAUAAAUAAAUGUCCAGAAACCUGA